AAUUUUAAAAACAUUAUAACAGAGGAAAAAAAAAACAAAAGAAGAAAGGAACACUCUAGGAGUUGGAGACAGCCAUGGCUACUUCUCCUUCUCCUUUUUCUUCCUCCUCGCCACCUCUCUCCGCCCUUCUCCCCCACCCUCGACUUUCUCCUCGGCCCAAAACCCUAAUCCUCUUCACCGAUCGCCGUCGCCGAAGCUCCGGAGCUCCUCAUGGAGACUCUAGAGCGGGAGGAGCCGGGAUUCGCUGUCGUUUCCGAGCGAUCGGAUGUUCGUCGCACGACGAAGCGAAUCCCGCCAUUGAUAACGCGCGGAGCUUUUGCAUUAUAGAAGGUCCAGAGACAAUCCAGGAUUUCGUUCAGAUGCAGGUGCAGGAAAUUCAAGAUAACAUCAGAAGCCGGCGAAAUAAAAUAUUUCUUCUCAUGGAAGAGGUUAGAAGACUGCGUAUACAGCAGCGCAUAAAGAAUAAAGAAUUUAUUGAGGAUGACAGUGAAGAAAAUGAGAUGCCCGAAAUGCCAUCGACUAUCCCAUUUAUCCCUCAUAUGACAUCAAAAACCUUAAAGCAACUCUACCUAACAUCGUUUUCUUUUGUAUCUGGGAUAAUUGUCUUUGGUGGCCUCCUUGCUCCGAUACUUGAACUGAAAUUAGGAUUGGGGGGUACUUCGUAUGAAGAUUUUAUACGUAAAAUGCACUUGCCUCUUCAACUAAGCCAGGUUGACCCCAUUGUAGCCUCCUUUUCUGGUGGCGCAGUUGGUGUUAUAUCAGCAUUAAUGUUGAUUGAAGUCAACAACGUUGAGCAACAAGAAAAGAAAAGAUGCAGAUAUUGCAAUGGCACUGGGUAUUUAGCCUGUGCUCGAUGUUCUGCUAGUGGCAUGUUUGUGGAUAUUGAACUCAAUCCGAUCACCGGUGGUCGUGAUCGGCCUUUGAAAUCUGGUGCAAAUCAAAGGUGUCCAAAUUGCUCGGGAUCAGGAAAGGUAAUGUGCCCAACAUGCCUGUGCACGGGAAUGGCUAUGGCAAGCGAGCACGAUCCCCGUAUAGAUCCAUUUGAUUGAAAAUUGAAGACAAGAAGAUAUUCUAUAUAAUUACGUGUUUGUUCUUGUGUUGUGUUGUUUAUACUCUAUACUGUGCUUUUUGUUCUGCUGUCUCCUCUCCGUUGCUGGAUUAAUCUCUAUUUAUUUACUGGGAAUUGAGCUUUACUGAGGCAAUGAUAAACUUGUGGUUACUUAAAACAGUCAACCUAAUAGUACAGUUAAUGGGAAUUAUGGGAGAGAUACCAACCAAAUCGGAAAAUAUUGGUUUUGCAAUUUGGGUUCGGUGGAUUGAGUGCUUUGU